AUGGCCACCCCAUCUCACGAGUCGCGACCCAGCGAGGGCAAGGACAACGGCACAGCAGAGCGCAUUUUCGAGAUCGACAGCCACGCUGAUAGCCAAGCCGACACCGAAGCGAGCGAGAACUCGCAGACUGUCUGGCAAAAUGCUAAGAAGUAUCGCAAAGUCACCUAUGUUACGUUUGGCUUGACGUCAGCGAUCCUCCUGUACGGUUACGAUAAUGUUAUUGUCGGCACAGUGUCUGGCAUGCCCGUUUUCCAGAAGGAUUUUGGGAUUCUCUAUGAAGGCAAAUGGAUUCUGCCAUCCACCUGGCUUGCGCUCUGGAACGUGGCGUCUCCCAUAGGUUCAAUGGGUGGCUCAGUCUUUGGUGGGUGGCUACAGGAUAAGAUUGGCCGUCGUCUUGCACUCGCCAUCUCGUCGUUCGUGUCGGCGAUCGCAGUCGCCAUCAUGUUUGUCUCGUAUCUUCCGCCAGACAUCACCGGCCGACGCGUCGCCUUUCUCAUGGGGAAGUUCCUUCAGGGCGCCUCAGUCGGUGCUGUCAUGGCCGCGUGCCAGACGUACAUGUCUGAAAUCCUACCACCUGCCCUUCGCGGAUCCGGCAUGGCCUUCUUCCCGGUGUUCACGCUGCUCGGCCAGCUCACAGGGGCUCUGGUCAUCUUCGGCGCACUCGAUGCAAACAAUGGGUAUGCCAUUGCGUUUGGCUCUCAGUGGCCCUUCUCAUUCGUUCCUAUCCUCGUCGCAUUCCUCAUCCCCGAAAGCCCAACCUGGCUUGUUCGCAAGCGCCAGAUGGAUAAAGCACACGCAGCGCAAGCGCGACUGGAUCCGCCCGGCGUGAACACAAAAACCAUCAUCGACAAGCUCCUCGCGGACAUUGAGCACGAAGAGCAGUCCGCCAAGGUCACUUACGCUGAGUGCUUCCACAAGAGAAACUUCCGCCGCACGUUCAUUGUCAUGUGGGCGAACUCUCUCACCGCCGUCUUCGGCCUCUCGUUGCUUGCCAAAGCGUCGUACUUCCUCCAGCUCGUCAACAUGAAGGCGAGCAUCUCAAUCAUCUUCCUCAUCCUCGGCAUCGUCCUGGGCCUGAUCGCCAACUGCAUCUCAGUCUGGGUCGUGGCGCGCGUCGGCCGCAGACCGCUGGUCGUCUACAGUCUGCUGGUCAUAUCCCUGUUCUGGCUGUCCAUGGGCAUUGCGAACUGCUUUACCGUCACGCCUGCUGUUACCUGGUGGACCGCCGUCUCGAUGAUGCUCACCAUCGUCACCGCCGGCGUCGGCGUCUGGCCCGCGUCCUUCGCCAUCGCGGCUGAGACCUCGUCGCUGCAGCUGCGCGCCCGCACGCAGGGUCUCGGCUGGUGCGUGUCGGCUUUCGGCACCACCAUUGUGGGCCUCGUACUGCCGUACGUUUUCAACCCCGAUGAGGGCAACCUGCGCGGAAAGACUGGAUUCACCUACUUCGGGAGCUGCCUAAUCGGCGCCGCCGUGUCGUGGUACCUGAUUCCGGAGAUGAAGGGCCGCAGCGUCGCAGAGAUCGAUCGCAUGUUCGAGCUGAAGCUGACAGCGCGACAAUUCAACGGAUGGAAAAGCGAGUCCACGGAGGAACUGACGGAGCGUGCUUGA